AUGAGCUUUUACGGUGAAUUCCGUGCUACGCGGAAAAUGCAUGUUUUCCAAUUUGUAACACGUGUUAUUGCCAAUCUAUCAAAGAUCAUAACCAACUAUAGCUAUAAGUGACUAUAAUCCAAACAUGGUGCCAUCUAUCAGAUUUAAAUAUUACUCCACGUGAGAAACAAACGACUCCAAUAUGGCGAAUGUGAGGGACAGUGAUACGUCGUUGUGGCUUCAUAACAAGCUUGGAACGUCAAAUGAUAGUUGGACUGGUAGCUCGAUUUGUUCUCAAUUGAACGCUGAGGUUUUACGAAAUAUCAAAGAUUGUUUUCCAGAUCUUCAGACCCAAGUUAAGCUUAAAUUACUUCUUUCGUUCUUCCACAUACCUAGGCGGAAUGUCGAAGAGUGGCGCGUUGAGUUGGAAGAGAUCAUUGAAGUUGCAUCGCUGGACAGUGAGUUAUGGGUUUCAAUGCUAUCCGAAGCGAUGAAGACGUUUCCUUCCACAGGAUCAUUAAAUACAGAUAUUACUGAUUUAGAUGAACAUAGACCUAUUUUUGGAGAAUUGGUUAAUGAUCUACGAAAAUUAUUGAAAAAGCAGAAUGAUCCUGCUAUGCUUCCAUUGGAAUGUCAUUAUUUGAAUAAGACGGCAUUGGUAUCUGUGGUAGGUCAACAACCUGCAGCAGUGAAACACUUUACGUUAAAAAGAAAGCCAAAAAGUGCAGCUUUAAGAGCAGAAUUGUUACAGAAGAGUAGAGAUGCCGCGAGUAAUUUAAAAAAGAGUACAGCUCCUACCGUACCGGUACGAAGUAGAGGAAUGCCAAGGAAAAUGACGGAUACAACACCCCUCAAAGGUAUUCCUAGCAGAGUUCCAACAAGUGGAUUUCGUUCUCCUUCUCUUACAAGCUCUUCAAUGUCCAAUAGAACGCCUAUUAGUAGUAGAAGUCGCAAGGACGGUGGUAUCAAAUUAUUGGACAUUAAUGAGCAACCUCUUGGAUAUGCGCAAGCUAAGAAGAGAAAGCGUAUGAUGGAACUAGAAGAACAACAGAAAAAGGUUGCAGAAGCUCAAGCAGCAGCGGCAGCUGCAGCUUCAACAAAUGCAGUCACGGUAGAAACACCUACUACACCGGAAUAUGCUCAAGGAUUAACUUCGAUUAAUCCACCUUCCACUCCGGUUGCCCCAGUAUCCACCGUGCAGUCUUACGUGGCACCUACCACUCCAAGUGGAGUUAUACCCGCGACUACAUCGCAAACUCCUACUACGCCGUCUACACCUACAGUGCCAAGUACCGUACUACCAGUAACAACGCAGACAGUUAUAUCCCCUAUAGAAAAUACACCGGUCGGUGUACAGACUGUUAGGCCAGCGCAGACGGUAACACAAAUUCGUAUACAAACGACCGCACAACCUACUAAUGCAGCAGCAAAUACGAGAAAGGGUCUAUCUCUAACGCGAGAACAAAUGCUAGAAGCUCAAGAAAUGUUUAGAACAGCCAAUAAAGUAACCCGACCGGAGAAGGCAUUGAUCUUAGGAUUUAUGGCUGGCUCCAGAGACAAUCCUUGUCCUAAAUUGGGUAAUAUAGUGACAGUAAUGCUUUCGGAGAAUAUAGAAGAGGUAACUCAAGCAGAUGGUACGACAGUACCGAUGUUAGUCGAGACGCACUUCCAAAUGAAUUAUACGAACGGUGAAUGGAAAAGGAUAAAGAAAAAUCGACGUAUUGUUACGGACGAGUCUACCUCAGCGGCAACUCCUACUCCUAAUCCAACUGCUACAGCUUCCAACUAAAAAAAAUAAAAAAAAAAAAAAUAAAAAAAAAGAAAUAAAUAAAAAAAAAAGAAAAAAAAAAUAAAUUUUCGCGAUCUAAAAUAAUGCAGAAUUGAAGUACUCGCGCGUAUGGCUAUUUUGAGAAUGACGCGCACACUUUGGCCAUACCAUUUUAAAAGACUUUAGCUAUACGCAACCAUCAUUUAUGUUUUCGUGACGUCUUCAAAACGUCGUGUCAAUUUUAUAAUAAUAAUGCCGAUAAGGCUAUAUUGCUAAUGGUCGUAAUCGAAUUAUAAUAGACCAUGGAUUUGUGAGUACGGAUCUAAAAACGAAAAAAAAAAAGAAAACAAGAA